AUGGCCGCACGGCUGCUGCGGGGCGCGGCGCGGCUGCUGCCCGCGGUCGGGGCCGGGGCCGGGGCCGGGCGGGCAGCGCUCGGCACCGCGCAGCCCGUCGAGAAGAAGCGGUGGCUCCGCGCCUACUUGGAGCAGCAGCGGCUGCUCGCGCCCCCGCAGCGGCGCUCGGAGAAGCCCAACUGGGAUUACCAUGCAGAGAUACAAGCUUUCAGCCACCGGCUGCAUGAAAACUUUUCCUUGGAUCUCCUCAAGACUGCGUUCGUUAACUCCUGUUACAUCGAAAGCGAGGAGGCGAGGCGCCGAGAGCUGGGGCUGGACAAAGAAACUGUUCCUCUUAACCUACAAGACAACAGUAAACUCGCUGAGCAGGGAGUGUCCUUCUCCCGCUCUUACCUGACGCAGUGCUUUGCAGGUGCCUACCCAGAUUUACCUGCUAAGGGGGUGCAGGCACUUGUUGAUUUUCUCACCGGUCAGGAACUUGUUUCUUACGUGGCUCGAAACCUGUCUGUACAGGACCUGACACUUUGCAAAGAGUUUCCCGUCCCUCCAGACGUGCUACACAGGACCUUCUUUGCUGUGAUAGGAGCGUUGCUCGGGAGCAGUGGGCCCGAGCAAACGGGCAUCUUUGUCAGGGAUUUUUUUAUUCCCGAACUGAUUGGAAAAGACCUGUUUGAGAUCUGGGAAGUUGUCAAUCCUAUGGGCUUACUGAUGGAAGAACUGACCAAGAGGAAUAUCUCUCCUCCAGAACCCAGAAUUACCAAGCAGCUGGGAGUCAGCACGGUUCUGCCACUGUACUUUGUCGGGUUGUUCUGUGAUAAGAAGAUGAUAGCUGAAGGUCCUGGUGAAACACUGCUUGCUGCAGAGGAGGAAGCUGCACGCGUGGCGCUGCGGAAGCUCUACGGGUACACAGAGAACAGGAGGCCUUGGGAUUACUCAAAACCCAAACAAGAAUUGGCAGCUCAGAAAGCCAUCAGCAGUAACUAGAUGAUAAAAGGCAUGUCUAAUUUCUCUUAAGAAUUAAUGGCUUAUGUGCUGAAUAUGUAUGUAUUUAGGAGAGCAAAAUUCAGUUUGGUUUCCUGAUUUUCAGUGUCUUGAAGUCAAAUACGGUCCUGAAACAAAUAAAGUCUUUUCCUUUUGCA